AUGGCUACCCGUCUCCAAUUUGAAAACAGCAGUGACAUCGGUGUUUUCUCAAAAUUAACAAACAGCUACUGCCUAGCUGCAAUCCAAGGCAGCACAAAUUUCUACUCCGCGUUUGAAAGCGAACUCGGAGAUGUUAUCCCAAUAGUACACACCAGUAUUGGAGGAACGCGAAUCAUUGGUCGACUUACGGCUGGCAAUCGGCACGGACUUCUAGUCCCUUCCACAACGACAGACCAGGAACUACAACAUCUGCGCAAUUCGUUACCUGACACUGUCGCGAUUCAGCGUGUCGAAGAACGUCUAUCUGCAUUGGGAAAUGUUAUCGCGUGCAACGAUUACGUCGCCAUGGUGCACCCAGAUGUAGACAGGGAGACCGAAGAAAUUAUUGCUGAUGUCCUCAAGGUUGAGGUGUUCCGGCAAACAAUUGCAGAAAACGUUCUCGUUGGAAGUUACUGUGCGAUCACGAAUCAAGGUGGUCUCGUGCACCCAAAAACUAGUGUACAGGAUCAAGAUGAAUUGAGUAGUCUCCUCCAAAUACCUCUGGUGGCUGGCACGGUAAACCGAGGUUCAGACGUUAUUGGCGCCGGCCUUGUCGUAAACGAUUGGUGUGCGUUUACCGGCUUGGAGACAACGGCAACAGAGAUCAGCGUGAUUGAGGCAACGUUCAAGCUCCAAGGACAGGAUUCAACAGCAGUAAUCGGGGAGAUGCGCGACUCACUGAUAGACAACUGGGCUUAA